ACGUCCUGCGUCCUGUCCUGCUCUGUUCUUUCUCUCCAGCACCUCGUGACCGCUAGUGCCCACUACUCUCGCUCCACCGGGAACAAGCCAUCAUGUCUCGCCAGUCGAGCGUGUCCUUCCGGAGCAGGGGCGGCCGUAGCUUCAGCACCGCCUCUGCCAUCACCCCGUCUGUCUCCCACACCAGUUUCACCUCUGUGUCCCGGUCCGGGGGUGGAGGUGGCGGCUUUGGCAGGGUCGGCCCUGGGGGUGCUUACGGCGCGGGUGGCUAUGGCAGCCGGAGCCUCUACAACCUGGGGGGCUCCAAGAGGAUCUCCAUCGGCAGUAGCGGUGGUGGCUUCAGGAACCGAGUUUGUGCCACCGGUGCUGGAGGCAGCUAUGGCUUUGGAGGUGGAACCGGGAGUGGAUUUGGUUUUGGCGGUGGAGCUGGUGGUGGCUUUGGGUUCGGUGGUGGAUCUGGCUUUGGAGGUGGCUAUGGGGGCCCUGGCAUGGCCGUCUGUCCCCCUGGAGGCAUCCAAGAGGUCACCAUCAACCAGAGUCUCCUGACUCCCCUCAACCUGCAAAUCGACCCCACCAUCCAGCGAGUCAGGACUGAGGAGCGGGAGCAGAUCAAGACCCUCAACAACAGGUUCGCCUCCUUCAUCGACAAGGUGCGGUUCCUGGAACAGCAGAACAAGGUCCUGGACACCAAGUGGACCCUGCUGCAGGAGCAGGGCACCAGGACCGUGAAGCAGAACCUGGAGCCUCUGUUUGAGCAGUACAUCAACAAUCUCAGGAGACAGCUGGAUGGUAUCCUGGGGGAGAGAAGUCGCCUGGACUCAGAGCUGAGGAACAUGCAGGACUUGGUGGAGGACUUCAAGAACAAGUAUGAAGAUGAAAUCAACAAGCGUACCACCGCCGAGAAUGAAUUUGUGAUGCUGAAGAAGGAUGUGGACGCCGCCUACAUGAACAAGGUGGAGCUAGAGGCCAAGGUCGAUGCACUGAUGGACGAGAUCAACUUCUUGAAGAUGUUCUUUGAGGCGGAGCUGUCCCAGAUACAGACGCACAUCUCAGACACGUCCGUGGUCCUGUCCAUGGACAACAACCGCUGCCUGGACCUGGACAGCAUCAUCGCCGAGGUCAAGGCCCAGUACGAGGAGAUCGCCAACCGCAGCCGCACGGAAGCCGAGUCCUGGUACCAGACCAAGUACGAGGAGCUGCAGCAGACUGCGGGCCGGCACGGCGACGAUCUCCGCAACACCAAGCAUGAGAUCUCCGAGAUGAACAGGAUGAUCCAGAGGCUGAGAUCCGAUAUCGACAAUGUCAAGAAGCAGUGCGCCAACCUGCAGAACGCCAUCGCCGAUGCUGAGCAGCGUGGGGAGCUGGCCCUCAAGGACGCCAGGAACAAGCUGACCGAGCUGGAGGACGCCCUGCAGAAGGCCAAGCAGGACAUGGCGCGGCUACUGAAGGACUACCAGGAGCUCAUGAACACCAAGCUGUCUCUGGACGUGGAGAUCGCCACCUACAGGAAGCUGCUGGAGGGCGAGGAGUGCAGACUGAGUGGAGAAGGAGUUGGACCAGUCAACAUCUCUUUUGUCACGAACACCGUCUCCUCUGCCUACGGCAGUGGCGGCAGCUUUGGCGGCGGCUUUGGCAGCGGCCUCGGCAGUGGUCUUGGCGGUGGUCUUGGCAGCGGCCUUGGUGGAGGCGGCGGCAGCAGCUUCUACUCCAGCAGCAGCGGGGGCGUCGGCCUAGGCGGUGGGCUCGGUAUGGGGGGCUCCGGCUUCAGUGCGAGCAGUGGCCGAAGCCUGGGCUUUGGCAGUGGCGGGGGCAGCAGCUCCAACGUCAAGUUUGUCUCCACCACCUCGUCCUCCCGGAAGAGCUUCAAGAGCUAAGAGCCUGCGGCAGGUCACUGUCUCUCAAGUGCAGAAGCCGGCCGUGGCAACAGCCUCUUCUUGGUGGUGGCCCAAGCCAAGUUUUCUCUUUUUCUGGAGUCUAGUCGACCAAGUCUAUCGCAGACCCACAUUCUUUGGUUCCUGAAAGGCCCAACCCCCAGUCUCUAGCCUGCUGUGUCCUGAUUCUAUGCUCUGCUUGCAAUUAGCCUUUGGGUCUCUACAGCCUGGUCCUUGGUGACAGAAGAAUCCAAUGUUUUCCAGUAUUGAAACCAUCAAAACAGAGUCCCUACCCCAAUCCCAUCUGGUCUAUCUCCAGAGUGU